CUCCUAUUAUACAUUUAUUGAGUAUUAUCCUUUUAACUUACAACAAUAUUCUACUAGCGAUAACGGCCGCUAAAAUGUAUAUGGAAUACAUCAGAAUUUAUAAAGUUCUACAAAUAUUCAACGACCGAAUUUUGAUCGAAAUCAAACAUUCGCCAUUAUGGUUAAUAAUUUCGAAUGAUAAUAGCAAAUAUGACGAGACCAAAUUCUACAUGAAAAUGUAUCUGGAUAUUUUGGAUAUUAUCGAACAUUUUGACGAGAUGUAUGGAUUUCAUAUAUUCUUCAUGUUGUACAAUAUAACGUUAAUGAAUAUUAAUAUGUUUAAUCUGAUUUUGAAAUAUUGUUUCGGUCUGUAUUUAAUAUCUUCUUCGCCUAUAAUGCAUAUUUGUUCUUCGAUUUCCACGGCUGUAAUUUAUUUGUAUAUGGGAACCCUUAUAAUAUCUGCUUGUGAUAAAGUCAACAGAGAAAUAGCAAGGAUCAACGAUGUCCUGAUUGGAUUACUUCAAUUCGAGUUAGUUAAUAUCAGGGACAAGAAGGGGCCUGAAAUCAAAGCGCUGGUUUUAAAUAUGAUCAAUACCGUUAGCGCGGAGAAUUAUGAAUUAUCUGCCGCUGGGUUCUUCAAACUGAAUUACAACACUCUCUUUUACAUCGUAGGAUGCGUUCCUGCUUAUUUAUUGAUUAUUCCUAAAGAAGUUUAAUACUAUUUGUAAGAUCCACUGAAAUUAAAUAAAAUGUUGCAAGCUUUUAAAUGCCUCCUUUUUUAUUUCCUUCCAUAAAAAGUAAUGUGUGUUUAAAAAG